UCACCCGACGUUAUCAUCGAGUAUCUUAUUUGUUUACCAACUGACUGUGUUAGUUAUGAUAGUUGUGAAAGUGUGGUUAUAGUGAACUUGCGGUGACCAUGAAUCCUGGCAGACGGAGACAGGACUACGAAGGUCUGGAUCAAGAGUCAAGAAGUGCAGUAUGGCUGACGAGAAGCUACGCAUUGCUGCAAUCACUGCAUGUGUAUGCAUCGCGAGCUACAAGCCGGGUGCUUAGAUACAUACGGCAUCAUACACAGCCGUGGAGCACAUUACAUGAGGACGAGGCGACGACAUCGGGCCUGACAGACGGGGCGCCUCUCGAACAGAACAGAAUUAUCUUCAUCAACAGACCGCAGCCUAUCAAGUUCAUAAACAAUCGAAUAUCCACAGCGAAAUAUAGCGUACCCUCGUUCAUCCCGCUGUUCCUGUUCGAGCAGUUCCGUCGCUACUCGAACUGCUUCUUCCUUCUCAUCGCGCUGCUGCAGCAGAUCCCCGACGUGUCGCCCACGGGUCGGUGGACCACGCUCACGCCACUCAUACUCAUCCUCUCCGUCAGCGCCAUCAAGGAAAUUGUUGAAGACUUCAAACGUCACAGAGCAGACGAUGAGACGAACAGGCGCAGCGUGGACAUCCUGCGCGAGGGUCGGUGGAGCACCAUCAGCUGGGAGCAGCUGCUGGUCGGAGACGUCUGCAAGGUCGUCAACAACCAGUUCUUCCCCGCUGAUAUCGUCAUGCUGGCCUCCAGUGAACCACAAGGCAUAUCGUUCAUCGAAACCUCAAACCUGGACGGGGAGACGAACCUGAAGAUCCGCAUGGCUCACCCGGACACGGCGCGGCUGGACAACACGCAGGCUCUGGCCGACUUCACCGCCACGCUGCAGUGUGAACAGCCGAACAGGCAUCUGUAUGAGUUCAACGGCAUGCUGAAGGAGCCUACUGCUAAGACGAUACCCCUGGGCUUGGAUCAGAUGCUGCUCCGCGGGUCGAUGCUGCGCAACACCAACUACAUCUACGGCGUGGUCGUGUACACCGGACACGAGACCAAGCUCAUGAAGAACUCCACUAAAGCCCCACUGAAGCGGUCGUCAAUAGACCGUCAGACGAACACUCACAUCCUGAUGCUGUUCCUGAUCCUGCUGACGCUGUCGCUGCUGAGCGCCGGCUUCAACGAGCUGUGGAUGCGGGCGCACUCCGACUGGUAUAUUGGGUUAGAGGAGGCGCAGAAUGCAAAUUUCGGAUUUAACUUUUUGACAUUUUUAAUAUUGUACAACAAUCUUAUACCUAUAUCGUUACAAGUUACUGCUGAAAUAGUUAGAUUUUUUCAAGCUAAGUUCAUAGCGAUGGACGUGGAGAUGUACCACGUGGCGACGGACACGCCGGCGAUGGCGCGCACGUCCAACCUCAACGAGGAGCUCGGCAUGGUCAAGUACGUGUUCAGCGACAAGACCGGCACCCUCACCUGCAACGUCAUGGAGUUCCGCAAGUGUACUAUUGGGGAGAUAAUCUACAGCGCUCCAGGUCCCAACGAGAAGUUGGAAGACACCCUGCUGUACCAGAACUUACAGCGGAACCAUCCGACAGCAGGCGUCAUCCGCGAGUUCCUCACCAUGCUGGCCGUGUGCCAUACUGUGAUACCUGAGCGAGUGGGGGACCAGCUCAACUACCACGCGGCCUCACCAGACGAGCGUGCGUUGGUGCUGGGCGCGGCGGCGCUGGGCUACGAGUUCGACCAGCGCACCCCUCGUGCUGUGCGGGUCCGCGCCGCCGGCCGCUGCGAGGAGUUCGCCGUGCUCAACGUGCUCGACUUCACCUCCGCGCGGAAGCGCAUGUCCGUCAUCGUGAGGACACCCUCAGGUGAGAUCAAGCUAUACUGCAAGGGCGCGGACUCAGUGAUCUACCCGCGACUAGCAGGCGGAGCUCACGCACAGUACGCCGACACCACACUCUCGCACCUCGAGCUGUUCGCCUGCGACGGGCUCCGAACCCUGGUCUUCGCGGUCGCAGACAUCUCCGAACAGUUCUACCAGGACUGGGCGAAUACGUACCACAAGGCUAGCAUCGCGAUACAGGAUAGGGAACAGAAGAUUGAGGAAGCGGCCAUGUUGAUCGAGAAUAAUUUGAGGUUGCUUGGCGCUACUGCUAUUGAGGAUAAACUACAGGAUGGCGUCCCCGAGACGAUAGCGGCGCUACUGAAGGCGAACAUCAACGUGUGGGUGCUGACGGGCGACAAACAGGAGACCGCCAUCAACAUCGGCCACUCCGCGCGGCUGCUGCACAGCGGCAUGCCGCUCAUCAUACUCAACGAGGACAGCCUGGACGGUACCCGCGAGUGCAUAUCCCGGCAAACGAUGGAGUUCGGAGACAACCUGGGCAAGCAGAACGAGAUCGCGCUCAUCAUCGACGGCAAGACGCUCAAGUACGCGAUGGGCUGCGACCUCAAGAAGGACUUCUUGGACUUGUGCAUAUCCUGCAAGGUCGUUGUGUGCUGUAGGGUCUCGCCUAUACAGAAGGCUGAGGUAGUAGAGAUGGUAUCAUCAGCGACGGGCGCGGUGACGCUGGCUAUCGGUGACGGCGCCAACGACGUGGCCAUGAUACAGCGAGCCUCCGUCGGCGUCGGCAUCUCCGGCGUCGAGGGGCUGCAGGCUGUCUGCGCCUCCGAUUACAGCAUUGCGCAGUUCCGGUUCCUGCUGCGGCUGCUGCUGGUGCACGGCGCGUGGAACUACUCGCGCAUCAGCAAGCUCAUCCUGUACUCCUUCUACAAGAACAUCUGCCUCUACGUCAUCGAGCUCUGGUUCGCGAUAUACUCCGCCUGGUCUGGUCAGAUCCUGUUCGAGCGCUGGACGAUAGGGUUCUACAACGUGAUCUUCACGGCGCUGCCGCCCUUCGCCAUCGGACUCUUCGACAAGCUCUGCUCGCCUGAAAUCAUGCUCAGGCAUCCAGUCCUAUACAUCCCAUCGCAGCAAGGCCUCCUGUUCAACGUGCGCGUGUUCUGGGUGUGGGCGGUGAACGCGCUGCUGCACUCCGUGCUGCUGUUCUGGCUGCCCAUGCUGCUGGCCAGCCACCACAUCCUGUGGCCUUCCGGCAAGGAUGGAGGGUACUUGCUGCUCGGCAACUUUGUUUAUACUUACGUGGUGCUGACGGUAUGCCUGAAGGCGGGGCUGUCGACGCACUCGUGGACGUGGGUCACGCACCUCGCCAUCUGGGGCUCCGUCGCCAUGUGGUUCAUCUUCAUACUCGUAUACAGCAACGUGUACCCGAUCAUCCUGAUCGGCGCGGUGAUGCGCGGCAUGGACCGCAUGCUGUUCAGCUCGCUGGUGUUCUGGCUGGGGCUGGUGCUCAUCCCGCUCGCCACGCUCAUACCAGACCUGCUCGUCACUGUCGUGCACAACUCCGCUUUCAAAUCGAUGACGGAGGCGGUGCGCGAGAGCGAGAUCAAACAACGAGACCCUUCUGCACUGCUCACGCACCCGCGACACUCCCUCACGGAGACGGCGCGGCUGCUGCAGAACGUUCGCAGCGUGUUCAGCCGGCGCUCCGCCACGCGUGCCACCAUGGAGCUCGAGCUGUCGCACGGGUUCGCGUUUUCGCAAGAAGAAGGCGGCAGCGUGUCGCAGGCGGACAUGAUCCGCGCGUACGACACGCGCCAGCCGCGGCCGCAGCACUCGUAGACGCGCGGACGGGGCUGCGGGCGCCGGCGGGGCUGCGGGCACUGGCGGCGCUGGCGCGGCUGGCGGGGCUGCGCGGGCUGCCACUGCGCACACGUACAAACUCUUCACCUCCUCACUCGGAAAUGAUAUCACUGUUGU